UUCUUUCUUGGUAUCUUCCCCGGGUCUUCUUCGAGAAGACGUUGGUCAUCCUGGCUCUACACAUUUGAGUUGGCCCGCCACACUGAGCCAGGUGGUGAGGGGACUAAUGCGUAAUACGCGGAACAACUUCAUGACAGAAAACCAACAAGACCCCCUCCUUUCUAUUAGCAGGCGCAGGAGGACCAUCACUCCGGCCCUCUCAGUAGGUACUUAGCAAAAUUUGUUCAAAAGGAUUCAAUUUGCAAUGACAGUGCCGUUAUUAUAAUAUGAUUUUAUCCUUUCUCUGUUUCGUUUGUGAUAUUCUGGUGAAAUAUUGAACGCAUUGUUAUGCAGUGGUACGUGUAAUGAGAAUCCCGCUUUCAGCAAGCAAUCCUUCGAGGAACGAGGCCACAACAACAUUGAAUGGCAGUAAAUUACGUUGUUGCCCUCGCAUCCAGCCAAUCAAAUCGAUAUAAUUCCUACCACGUGACGGCGAGGCGUGCAUGUCAACUGCUUGAUGACAGUUUCAGAACAUUGUGUUCAGGAAUGAUGGAUUACUGCCGCGGGAACUCCCCCGUGCUUAAGGCACCAUCAUAUGGUCGCCAUUGGGACAUUAGCACGUAAGCAUAUCCACUGGAACAGUCAUACACAACAGCCACGCUAGCUCAGUCAGAGCAAAUGUUCAGGUGCCGCAGCAACUGCAAAUAACCUGAUGUUGAAAAUGCAGCCAAACCUUGGUGCCUACCCAGUGGAAUCUUUAAUCCAAGCUUCACCGGGAAUAGUACACCCUCUUCUCUACAAUGGAUACGUAUACGUACCCCCUCCGACCGUGGUCGCUGGACCUGGAUAUGUCGGACAAGUCGCGGGAGACAUUGGGCCAUUUCCUUUAACGUCCCUGCCAACAGGGCUUCAAGUCACACAGACUCCUCAACAAGGAAUAUUCUCAACUGCUUUGCCAGUUCCAGGGACUGUUUUAACGACAGGGGGACAAAGUGCUUUGAAUUAUGGAUACCUUCCUAACUACGCUGGAUUUCUACCGGGGUUAUCACAAGGGAUUAUACAGCAGGUCACACAGAAUCAGACUGUGACGAAUGUGAGCGUGGGUAUUCAGACUCCGGUGUCAACCCCUGGACCUUGUGGACAAUCUGUUCCUUUGCCGAGUUCUAUUACCUUACCGCAAGAUCUGUCACAGACUCAGAGGAUGCCCCAUGUUUUAGCUGCGCCUCCUGUGCGGCAAGCAGUCCACACUACUCUAUCGUCUUCUUCCAGUGUCAACCUCGUGAACAAAGAAGCACAGACUAUUCCAGUGAUGUCGCUGCCACCAGCGCAUGACGGGUUUUCAUCACAAGGAACUGAUGCAAGGGAGUCUGCAUUUACUGCCACAGGGGCAGGGAUACGGGGUCAAAAUGGUGCAAGGGUUCUCAACCCCGUUACGACAGCUUUACCCACUCUUAGCAGCGGAGGUUCAAUAAAUUCGCUCAGUUCGCUGACUGGGAGUAUCGGCGUCGAUUGUGACAACAACCGCCUGUCGUCUUCCCCGGAAGGAAAACAGUCGCCUUCGCAGGAACAUCAUGGACAUUCACCUUUGGCGAACCGAUCCUUUGAUUCUAGUCGCUUCACCAUCUCAGAGAGAGAACAAGCUCCACAAGGUUCAUCCCAGGCCAUGGACCCUGUUCACCUCCAACAAAGACAGUUCCAAGACCACAGACUUCACUUCUCCCCAUCAUCCUCGAGUUCAUAUUCGCACGGAACGCAAUUUCAAUUCUUCGACAAAGAUCUCGAUCCGAAUGACCGGUUACGAAAAGAAAUGGCGGACAGCACCAGUGAUAGUCACGUGCACGAGGAGGUUGCCAUGAGCGACGUUGUUUUGUCUAAAAAUGGAAUUCACUCGGACCAAGAGAGUAUAAUGUCAGACGACGGAAGUGACGAAACACUAGACUCUCAUUCUGUUUCCGGCAAGUCUCGGCGGCGACGGACGGCUUUUACAAGUGAUCAGUUGCUAGAACUAGAAAAGGAGUUUCAGUGUAAAAAGUAUCUUUCCUUAACUGAACGCUCACAUAUUGCCCAGACUCUGAAUCUAAGCGAGGUGCAAGUAAAAAUAUGGUUCCAAAACCGCCGCGCGAAGUGGAAGCGUGUAAAAGCCGGAUUUGCGCACGGAAAGCAGCCGGACCAAACCAAACCAAAGAUUAUUGUGCCAAUUCCAGUUCAUGUGAAUCGCAUGGCGAUUAGAACUCAACAUCAGCAGUUUGAAAGGACAAGACAUCCAGGAUGCCCUUCUCAACAAACUGCAUCAUAACGCCUAAUUGAGUCACCUAGAAUUAGAAGACUGUGCCUCAUGUUUGACAGACUCUCUGACUACAGCAGAUGAUCACCCUUUUGGCCGAAAGUAUUGAACACCGUAAUCUCCCCCAAAAAUCAAAAUUAGUACAGUGUUGUAAUUUGCUCAGAUCCUGUGACCGUACCGGCGAUGCAGAAUUCACUACUUCUGAUUGGACAAUAUACUCACGCCAACGGAGAUUUCACCAAUAAAAUACUGCUAUAAGAAAACCUCAAGCUCGAUCUGAUAAUUCCUUUGAAAACAUAUGUUGACUUCCUAAUGUGCUUUGCAAAACCAUUUCCAGUUGAUCAACUGGAUUUACGACAAUAAAUUCUACUGGUAUACUUCAA